UACGAUAGUGAUCUGAAAGUAGGGGAUUUGUCUCAAGAGAAGAUGCUCGAUGAUACAAAAGAUGACACCAUGGAAACAGAUGAUCCAGAUGUCAUUGUAGAACAACUCCUUGACGCAGGAUAUGAGUUCAAAUCAACUGGCUAUAGAUGGACUAUCAUUCUGCUAUUCGCCCUGAAUUUUUUUGGAAGAGCCAUUGCUCAGGUCGGAUUUGUUGCUUGUGCUAGAAUCAUUCAGGGUAUGUUUGGUGUAAAUCCAAUUCAUACAACACUCCUAGUAUUGCCAUUCAGUUUUUCAAUCUUGGUCUUGCUAUUCCCAUAUGGAAAAAUCGCUAACACGUUCGGUUUGGUUAUUCCAACAAGAGCAGCAGUGAUAGCUCUAGUGAUUGGCGCUUGGGUAAGAUAUUUUGUCACUUCUGGAUUCGGAUGGCUGAUUGUAGGACAGUGCAUUAUUGCAAUCGGAAGUCCUUUGAGUCUAAUCGCUCCAGCUAAAAUAGCUUCCAUUUGGUUCCCUGACAACCAACGAGCUCUUGCAACAAUGAUUGGAUCACUAGCUACUCCUCUAGGAUCUGUGGUUGGGUUUGUGAUACCAUUCAUUUUUAUUCAAGACGAAGACGGAGUAGACACUCCUGAAGCCCACGCCAAAUUCAAGAAAUACAUUUUAUGGCAAAAUAUCAUCAUUAUCAUUCUCAGCUUGCCGAUAUUCUUCUUUGUAAAGAAUAGACCUUUGAUUGCUCCAAGUGUAUCAGAGCUCAAAGAUAGAUAUACCAAGAAAGGCAAUGAUACAGUAGAGAUUAAACAGCUUGUCACGACCAAAAAUUAUAUGCUCUACGUGUUCACAUUUGCAGCUAUUCACAUCACGUUCAUUUGCUUUGGAGCUGUAAUGGGUCAGCUGGUAUCGGUAUUCGGAUUCCGUGCCACAGACAAUCAAUACUUUGGAAUAAGUUAUAUCUUGUUUGGGAUGGUCGGUUCUUUCGCGCAUGCAUCGAUGCUGGAUAAGCACAAGAAGUUUAGAAAGCAAAUCUGGGUGAUAAUAAUUACAAACAUUGUUGCAGGGAUUAUACUUGUUGCAACAAUAAACAUCGGGAAUGUCGUCAUCACUAGUUUAGUUGUUGGCAUUGUAGGAAUAGGGCACUUACCAAACAUUGGAGUAGGAUAUCAAUUUGUAACAGAAAUAGUCUACCCAGUCGGUGAUAACUUAUCGAUAGGUGUACUACAAUUAAUAUGUUGCUUCCUCGGAAUAUGCUACACAUUCCUUACAGCAACUUUUGUAAAGAUGGGUUGGAAAUGGGUUGCUGUACUCUCCUUGAUUAUUCCUCCUUUCUUCAGUGCAGUUCUUUUCUAUUUCGUGAAAGAAGACUUAAAGAAACAUAGAGAAUCAAUUAGAUUCAGUGAAGCAAGAAGUAGCAUGCUUGAUAGUCAGAGUGAUUUAGAUGGUUAAA